CAAAACGACAGUAUUUCUGUACGCACUACAUACCCAUUAACCUAUCUCCACUCUCUUGUUAUUGGAUUGUCCAUGUGGAUGUGUCUCCGUUGGCAACCACUGCGCGUUAGCGUAAAAAAGUGAACUGUGGGCGGCGCGCGCACGCAAGCUUUCCCCCUGCUUUUCUUGCCAGGCGAGCAGCGAGCGUAUGUAUGGGAGCGCACUGGAGUCGGAAGACGGCGUGGAGCCCAUCGAGAGCAGGUUAUAGUCAGCAUGAAGCAAGAGUAGCAUCCUUGUGUGCCUCGAGGCUGCCCUUAUAGUUUCAAGAGAUUAGCGAUUAAAUUCUGCCGGAUACAUUUUAGUGUUGACACUGGAAAUGAAAAUGGAGAUGGCUAAAAGACGUUUUUAUCUUCUGAUUGCGCACCUUUGGAUCAUCUGUCAAAUAGAUGCGGUGGGCGCAUACUUCAGAGGCCAGCGCAAGUUCUCCGAGGACGUCGACUGGUCAUACACAGGAACUCUAAACCAGCAGAACUGGCCCAAAAAGUACCCCUCCUGCAACACAGCGAGGCAGUCGCCCAUCGACAUCGAUGAGGACUUCGCCCAGGUCAAGCUGGAGUUUCAGAACCUGCAGACAGAGGGCUGGGAGCAGAAGACGCCGGCCACUACGACCAUCAAGAACGACGGGAAAACCGUGGCCCUGAACCUGAAUGGAGAAUACUAUAUCAGCGGCGGCGGGCUGCGCUCCAGGUUUCGGGUGGGCAGAAUCACAUUCCACUGGGGCCGCUGCAACGCCACUUCAGAUGGAUCUGAGCACAGUCUCAAUGGUGUUAAGUUCCCACUUGAGAUGCAGAUCUACUGCCAUGAGGCAGACAAGUACCAGUCCAUCGAUGAUGCGCUGAGAGAGGGAGGAAGGAUAACAGCGCUGGCUGUGCUCUUUGAGGUCAGCCCGAGAGACAACGAAAACUACGCCAACAUCAUCGAUGGAGUCAACGCCGUCAGCCGCUUCGGUAAAAGCAGCACGGUGGAGCCGUUCUCCAUCCUGGGCCUUCUGCCCAACUCCACGGAGAAGUACUACAUCUACAACGGCUCCCUGACAACGCCGCCCUGCUCGGAGCCCGUGGAGUGGCUUGUUUUUAAAAACACAGUCUCGCUCUCUGAGAGCCAGCUGGAGGUAUUCUGUGAGGUGAUGACUAUGCAGCAGGCCGGCUACGUGAUGCUGAUGGACUACCAGCAGAACAAUUUCCGGCAGCAGCAGGAGCCGUUCAUGGGCCAGGUGUUCUCCUCCUACACCGGAACCGAGGAGCUGCAGGAGCCCAUUUGCAGUUCGGAGCCUGAGAACAUCCAGGCGGACCCCCAGAACUACACGGGCAUCGUGGUGACGUGGGAGAGGCCCCGCGCGGUCUAUGACACCACCAUCGUACGCUACUCCGUCACCUAUCAGAGGCUGCAGGGCAAAGACCCACCCAAGCGCGAGUACCUGACAGAUGGAGACCAGGAUGUGGGGGCAAUCAUCUACAAAUUGCUGGCCAACAGCAGCUAUGUAGUCCAGGUGGUUGCGCUGUGCAACAAUGGCCUGAAGGGUCGUAUGAGUGACCAGGUGGUUGUGGAUAUGCCACUGGAGGACCUGGAGGGCGAUCCUGAACCUUUCACAGAUUCUCCAGACUCUGAAGAUUAUUUUGAGGUGACUCCAUCCACUGGCAGAGGACGCCCGGAUCUGGAGUCCCCUCCGGACCGGGUCCUCACAAGCGAUUCCUCAUCCUCCAAAAGCUCCAUCUGGGUCACCCUGGCAACCGACCAGCCUGGCUUCCUCUUCCCCGGCGUCAAGGGCAGCGCCGCUCCCGUACGGAGACGCAUCACAGAGGAGUCCUCAUUGUCAUGGACUCCCGGCCGGGACAAGGCAGAGACCUACACCCGUAAGCCCCUCACCAAGCUGCUCACGCCGGAGGGGGUCAAACCUCCAGACGGCGUGGUGGUCACGGACAUCUACUUCGAGGACUUCCUCAACAACUCCCUCUAUGAGACGACCACAUCAGUGGGCAUGCCGUCCCCCGACGAGGAGAUAGUCGGCAUGGUUACCCUGCCCCGGGAGCGUGUGUAUGUCUCCCCGAAGGACAAUGAAGUGAGAAGGCCAGACGACCUGUAUUUACCAGGCGCCGUCACCAAUCCCCUGCCAGAGACACCGGUCAUCAGCAGCACCCAGCAGCCUGAGAUGGUCACCACCACCACCUCAGUGCCAGCUACCUCUACUGCUGCUGCAGGGACCCAGACCACUACCAAUGCCUUACUCUACACCACCCAGCCAAUGUUCAAUGAGGCCAGUAACAGCAGCCCCGAGUCCCGGGUGGGCAUGGUGGGGGGCGUGGAGAGGGAGAAGCGCACGGUGGUACCCCUGGCAGUGGUGUCCACCCUCACCAUCCUGUGCCUACUGGUGCUGGUGGGCAUCCUCAUCUACUGGAGGAAGUGUUUCCAGACGGCUCACUUCUUUGUGGAGGAUAACACCUCUCCCAGGGUCUUCUCAGCUCCAUCCACGCCCCUACUCUUACCCACGGGCACAGAGGAGAAUGAAGCCCUCCCUGUUAAGGACUUUGUGAAACAUGUCGCUGAGCUUCACACCACACACACGUUCUCUAAAGAGUUUGAGAUCUUGAAAGAGUCUUACGAGGAGAUUCAGUCCUGCACUGUGGACAUGGGCAUGACCACCGACAGCUCUAACCACCCAGACAACAAGGGCAAGAACAGAUACAUCAACAUCCUGGCCUACGACCACAGCCGAGUGAAGCUGGCACCCAAUCUUGAUAAGGAGGGAGAGUGCGGAGACUACAUCAACGCAAACUAUGUGGAUGCCUUCAACCACCCCAAAGCCUUCAUAGCAGCCCAGGGCCCAAUGAAGGCCAGUCUGGAAGACUUCUGGAGGAUGGUCUGGGAGCAGAACGUGGGUGUGAUCGUCAUGAUCACCAACCUGGUGGAGAAGGGACGGAGGAAGUGUGAUCAGUACUGGCCAAUGGACAACCAGGAGGAGUAUGGAUGCUUCUUGGUCACUCUGAAAAGCACCAAAGCCCUGGCCUACUACACACAAAGAACAUUUACCUUGCGGAACAUCAGCAUCAAAAGGGGGUCCCAAAAGGGCCGCAGUCAGGAGCGGAUUGUCCGCCAAUACCACUACACCCAGUGGCCUGACAUGGGGGUCCCAGACUACACCCUGCCUGUCCUGUCAUUCGUCCAGAAGUCCUCACGGGCCCGGACCGCUGACAUGGGGCCUGUGGUGGUCCACUGCAGUGCUGGCGUGGGAAGAACAGGUACCUACAUCGUGCUGGACAGCAUGCUUCGGCAGAUCAAAGAGCAGGGCACAGUGAACAUCAUGGGCUUCCUGAAACACAUCCGCACACAGAGGAACUUCCUGGUGCAGACCGAGGAGCAGUAUGUGUUCAUCCACGAUGCCCUGGUGGAGGCCAUCCUCAGCAAGGAGACAGAGGUCUCCUCCAGCCGCAUCCAUGCCUACGUCUCCGACCUCCUGACCCCCGGCCCCUCGGGCAAGACCAGGCUGGAGAAGCAGUUCAAGCUGGUUAGCCAGACCAAUGUGAAGCAAUGUGAUUACACAUCUGCGCUAAAAGAGGGCAACGUGGAGAAGAACAGGACCUCCUCUCUCAUGCCAGUGGAGAGGUCCAGAGUGUGCCUAUCCACUACACCAGGAGAGUCCUCUGACUACAUGAAUGCCUCUUAUGUCAUGGGUUACCGUCAGAGCUGUGAAUUCAUCAUUACCCAGCACCCUCUGCCCUGCACAAUCAGGGACUUCUGGAGGAUGAUCUGGGACCACAACUCCCAGAUCAUUGUCUCCCUUCCAGACAUCCAUGGCCAGGUUGAGGAAGAUGAGUGUGUGUACUGGCCCAUUAAAGACCAGCCAAUCAACUGUGAGACAUUUACUGUAACCUUUACUGGGGAGGACAAUGUGUGUUUGCCUAAUGAGGAGCUGUUGGUAGUUCAUGACUUUCUACUGGAAGCUACACAAGAUGACUAUGUUCUGGAGGUGCGUCAGUACCGGACCCCUCGCUGGCCCAACCCAGACAGCCCCAUGAGCAACACCUUUGAGCUGAUCAACAUCAUCAGAGAAGACACGCGUCACCGGGAGGGAACCAUAGUCGUUCACGAUCGGUAUGGGGGGUCCACUGCUGGAAUGUUCUGUGCCGUGACGACGUUGGCAGACCAGGUGGAGGAGGAGAACUGUGUGGACGUGUACCAAACGGCCCGGAUGACCAACCUUAUGAGGCCGGGGGUCUUCACUGACAUGGAGCAGUAUCAGUUCCUUUUCAAAGCUAUCCUGAGCCUGGUGAGCACCAAAGAGGACGAGAAGACCCUGCGGUCCUCCGAGAACAACGGCACCAUCCCCACAGGCUCGGCCAAUGCCACCGAGAGCCUUGAGUCCCUCAUGUAACCAUGACAACAACCCCUCGAAAGAAAGAAUGCUAUGUUUUAUUGUGCAAAAACAAGUGAACUGUGUAGUGGAGGAAUGUGGUUUGCUUUGCCCUAAAAAAAAAAAAAAAAAAAAAAAACUCUGCCUGUUUGUCUUUGGUGCUGGAUACUAUGUGGUCUUGUCAUUUGUGCCUUUUUUCAUUUCUUGUUGUUUGUCAAAUUGCUUUGAUACAAUUGCAUUGUUGUAACUAAUGCCAAAUGUUGUAUUGUUGGACUGCUGUCUGUUUGAUUUGCUGAGGUCAUUGGUUUAAUUUGAUUUAACCACUUCUAAAAUGUAAUUUGUGGGUAAUCCGUUUUAAAAGAGGGAGAUAUUGUCUAUUUUUACAGAUGCUCUGGUUUUGAGAUGCAACCUGAGGUCAAAAAUCGAUAUUGUAAAUAAAGAGUUGUCAGAUGCUAUUGUAUGGGGUGGGGGAUAUGGAAAAUAAUAUUCUAACUUGUAAAUAGUUAAUAUCACAUCAACAGACCAAAACUAUUUAUACGACUAGAUUUUGUAUUUUACUACAGUCUGUUUUGUAGCUUUAACUGUCUUACCUGUCUUUUGAUAAAUUAGUUGAAAUAUUGGAUCAUGUUUUUAAUACCUGCCCUUAUGUAUCUUUUAUUAUGAAUCCUACUCAUGGAAUGUUGGGGUUUUCUAUCUGUAGCUGUACAUGGGAAUAACAAUCUUUUCAAGGC